ACAAUACUCGUCAGUCAGGCUUACUGGUACAUUCAGGAACAAAGAUCAACAUGAAUGGGUAGAAAAUCAGACUGAAUCCUUGAAGAUAAAACACUCAUUAAUGAAUAAACACUUAAGAACAACAGCUCAAACUGCAGAAAUCUGACUGUUUUUUCUGAUAAACUAAAUGUUCCUAAAGCACUCAUUUCAUUUGUCAUCCUCAAACCUUCAAAAUGUUCAAAAUGAUUUGUUUAAGGUAUUCGGCUACUGGUCGUGUGCUUUCGAAAGGCCAAGUCUCACGGCAUGACAUCAGCUAAAUGUGGUUUUCAGAACAAACCACUAAGUUUCAAACAAAACAUUUUCACAAAAAUAUCUGAGACUUUCAUUUACACAACCUUAUAACACUACUGUGUCCAAACACCCACAAACCUGACACCUUUAAAUCAUGCUUCAGGUAUAAAUACCCCAUGUAGAACCGAAGGAGGACAUUUAGAGAGUUCCAGGUGGUUCGUUUGGAAAGCAUUCUACGUGCAACGAUUAUAUAUCUGCUUAUACGUACAUCAAGGAACAAGACAUACAGCCAUGUUGAAGGCACUUGUGAUUUGGGCCGUAUUUGCUCUGAAUCUGCUACCUUCAACCAUCCAGAAUUGUUUCAAGGUAAAGAAAACUCAGUGUCUAAAAGUGGACUUUGCUCCCGGAUCUAACCUGGCAGGAGAAGGCUUUGAUAUCACCACCAUGGAACGGAAAGGCGUCUUUGUCAUUGACAUCAGCUCCUGGCUCCAGAACAACACCUGCACUGUGUGUAAAAACCCCUACAUGGGAGGUCAAACGCAGAAGCUCCCGCUUUCUGUGGUGGACUGGAGACCGAGUCAAAAGUGUCAUGUAAAGGUGUCCGGUACCGUUUACCAGUCCAGCGAGUCCCUGGUCAGCUCUACCGUCUCUUCUAUUGAGAACAACUGGAAGCUAGGCUUGAAUAUAGUGGUUGCACAAUUCCAGGGAUCACUGAUGAUGGCAUCCAGUCAAUCAAAGGUGGCUGAAUAUUCGUUAGAGAAAACCAAAAGAGAUAAGUUCAGCUUUACCAGCCACACUGUCUCCUGUGGGUACUACAGGUACAGGGUUAUAAGCCGUCCACCCCUGCACCCUGAGCUGAAGGAUGAAUUCGGAAGGCUCCCAGCAACAUAUGACAUUCACACCAAGAAUCUCUAUUUCCAGCUGAUUGAUAAGUUUGGUACUCAUUACAUUACAAAGGUGACUCUGGGUGGAGAAAUUCGCUCUGUGACCAGCAUCAAGGAGUGUGAGGUGUCACUGCAGGGUCUGAGUGUGGAGGAGGUGAAGAAAUGUCUGGACGUGGAGGCUUCUGCCAGUGUGGGACAAUCUAACACCCAGGUGGAGUCUCAUCACUGCAAGAAGACCAGGGACAAGAAUCUAAACAAAAAAAGGUUCUCCAACAGCUUCUCAGACAGGGAAACAUACAUUAUUGGUGGCCAUACAAGGAAUGCCGAUUUGCUUUUCUCAUCAAAUACUGACCCAAAAGCCUAUAAGGAGUGGGUCGCAUCUCUGCCCACUAACCCUGAUGUGCUUUCCUACGCUCUCGAGCCUCUUCAUCAGUUAAUGUCAGCAAAGCAGGUGAGCAAGAAACAUUUGGGCAAUGCAAUCAAGGACUACAUCCUCCAGAGAGCUCUUUUAAAAAACUGCUCUAGUCCAUGUAAGACUGGUGUGAAGACCAACCCAAAGGAGCCCUGCAGCUGCAGCUGCCACAACAACCAGGGCGUGGCCCUCAACUGCUGCCCCACUCAGAAAGGACUUGGUCAGAUCACUGUAACUGUAGUCAAAGCCACAGGUUUGUUUGGAGAUUACUUCACUCAGACGGACGGAUAUGUCAAGAUAUUCCGCAAUGGAAAGAUCUACCUUGGACAGACAUCUAUAAUCUGGAACAAUAAUUGGCCAACAUGGAACCACGAUUUUAAUUAUGGCAUUGAAGACCUGACACUGUUCAGCAGUGUAAAGUUAGAGGUGUGGGACAGGGACAGCGGCUGGGAUGACGACUUACUUGGGGCAUGCACUGUUAAAUUUAAAUCUGGAGUGGAGCAGAACUUCUGUUCUCUCAAUAAUGGAGCACUGUAUUAUAAAGUGCAGGUGAAUUGCAUCCCUGGUUUGACUGGGUCUUUAUGCAUGGAGUACAAGCCUUUUCCCAUGAAUGCACAGCUGGAGAAACUGUAUGUCUCCCGGAACGCUCGGCAAAUUCCCAGUGACAUGCUGCUGGAGAUGGGCGUGCUCCUAGAUGAACGCAUUCCCCGCUUCAACCUGAGCAACAUCCGCAAAGCUGAAAGAUCUGAGUUGUAAACCAUGUUCUUAGAGCAACUAUUGUAAUGCUUAUAGUAGAAUCUAUCAUUCUAAUUGCACUAUAAUUGCAAUCUAAUUGCACAUGAUAUCGGCACCUUGUAGUAAAUCUGUUUUGCUUAUUUCUGCUGAAUUAUUUUUUUAAAGCUUAAUAAAAAUUUCAUGAAGUAACUCAUUGUUGAAAUAUUCUUGCUGAAAGCCUGAUGAUGUGUUCAAACAUUCUGACAUGUUAGAAACAUCCACACAGCCCACACAAGUUAAAGAAAAGGAGUGU